UACCGUUCGUUCGUGUUUAUACACUUUUUUGUAAUAUAUUACUAUAUAUGUUAUAAAUACAAGUAAACUGUGGUCAGUGAACUAGUAGUUGUUAAUAUUGUAAUUAAACGUCGACCGUGCUCUAAACCAAUAAACCAAACCUGUACAGUUAACUGCUAAACAGUAUGCGUUUCGCCCGUAGUCCGUGCUUGUAAAAUAUAGGCUGAUAGAUGUAUUAUAACAUUACAAUACAGUGUGAAAAACGCGUCCUUUAAUACAUCCAUCCUUAUUAAAACUGUAGCACUUGUAUGUCUUAUAACCUUAGUAUCAAUUCAGAAAAUGAAUAAUGUUUUCACUGAUGAAAUCACUAGAAUUUCAGUUGUCCAACUACUAGUUCAUAGUCAUUGUUAGCUGUUACUGUUGGAAGCAAAAUCUUAACUGUUUUCUGAUAUGGCGGCUAGUGCGUCUACUACCAGAGUCUUACUGAUUACAGCCAAUAUCGGUUCAAUAUUUGAAAAUCCUAAUGUGAUGUUGAAGAUAUGGACAAAAGAAUUUCUAAAUACCGUCACCAGAUUGGAUCCGUACUUCAUUGCCUUACACUGUCAAGAAGUUGGAGGAAAAAAUUACGAAGAAAGUAUGAAGCACGUCGACUUUUUUGUUAGUCUCUUGAUGUCGAGUAAAGAAUUGAGGAUCUUCAAUAGAGCACAAGUAUUUCUUGACGAAGAAUUCACUUCGGCAGAAAAUUUUACAGCUCUCGGAAAUUUUUACUUUAUUCAUGAAGACAUAAAAGAUGUAUCGCUCUGGGAUUUUAAAGAAUUGCAAUUUGUUCCCGUCACUAACACUGUUAUUCAUUCUGGGAGUAUUGAAAACGUCACGACCAAAGAAAAAUCGAAAUUCCCUCAGGAAUUUUUCCCAGAGUGUAAAUGGUCUCGUAAAGGAUUUUUAAGAACUAGAUGGAAACUUAAUGGAACUGUUUUUGACCUUGUAAACAUUCAUUUGUUUCAUGAUGCAUCAAAUUUUACUGCAAUGGAGUCUCAUCCUUCUGUUUAUUCCAUCAUGCGGCAAAAAGCACUUGAAUACACGUUAGAACGCUUUCGUGACUAUGCGUUUGGAUGUGCACCAUUUUUUUUGUUUGGGGAUUUUAAUUUUCGUACGGAUACAAAAGCUGUAAUAAUGAAAUUAGUUGAAGGAUUGGAUUUGGUAAAAGAUGACGUAAUCAAAGACGAAUUAGUUCUCCAAUAUGCAGACAGUUCAAAUGAAGUUGUAUUAAAAUUGGGAAAAAAAGAGUUUUGUCACUUAGACCAUCAAAAUGCGUUCGUUUCAAAAGCUGGAUCAUGGUUGAAAGAUUUCGAUCACGAACUAAAGUCAUUUGAAGGUCAAUUAUUUGAAUUUCCUAUUCAUUUCCAACCCAGCUAUCCUUUCGAAGAGAACGAAGAAGAAGGUAUGAACUACAUGAAAACUCGGUGUCCAGCUUGGUGUGACAGAGUCGUCCUGAGUUCCGGUGCAAAGUUAUUGUUAGACGAAAAGGUAUUCGACGAAGACUGUUUUGGAUUCGAGUACGAUCUCAUUGGAAAGACCACCUGUAUGGGAGAUCAUAAGCCCGUGUACUUGAAAUUGGACAUAACGAACCACGCAGGUACGGUGUUGCAGUGUGAAUGUAAGCUUAACCGUGUGUCGCCCGAAUCCCAAAUAAUUCCGCCGCAUGCUUUUUCUGGUGUAGAUACAGACGAGUGUUGCAUCCCCGUAGAUAUACCAGAUUUUCAACCUAGCACCACAGUAUUAGGUCAAGUCGCGGACGCUCACCCUCCUACACCGGCUUUUUCGGCUUUAAUACCACUGUCGGCCCCAGUAACCACGUUGUGCCCUUCCUCCUCCUCGCCUGUCGCCUAUACCACAGCUUUUAGCAGCCCUCCGCACCUGAUUAACAACCGCGGUGACGUGGUAUCUCCAAAGACGUCGUCGUCGUUUUCAUGCGGUAGUUUCUUGCGGAAAAAAAUCGGCGACAACAACAACAAAAUGACGUCGUCGUCGUCGUGGUCGAGCUGCGUGUGCAAGACUACAAACAAGUGGAAACUGCCGGUGCUCGUGCAGAGGGCUUGGAAACAGAACGGACACCGGAGGGUCCGGCUCAAGUCCAACGCCAGCGUGGACACGUCGUUGCAGAGGUAUCAGAGCCAUCACAGUUCUUCGGACGAAGAUUGGUUUGAAGAGAUCGCCGAAGACGAAGUCCACAAAGGCCAGCGUGAUGACUCGCCGGUGGACGAUGGCGGUAACAAAACCGAAACCGUACUGGAGCCGUUUUCUACGUGUUCGUUAUCUAAAGAGGAGGAGGGCUGUUUGCGGGUAUCCGACGACAAUAGCUCCAGUACACAGGCCACAACCAGCCAGCCGACAGUGACCAACAGAUUACAGUGGUGCUCGUUUACGAUUAGGAAAAUAUGCGAUAAACGUUCUUCGCUCACGGCCAGCACGAAAAUAUCGCGUAGAGAAAAACUGUCGAAAAAUUCGUGUAGAAUAGUAUAAAAUUGACAUUUUUACUAUUUUACGAGCGAAAUUCGUUUGGAAACCCAAAGUCCCUAAUGGUUCGCUGUGAUCACCCACGAUAACUAUAAUCAUAAUUAAAAUACUAAUACCCAUUAAGAAUAUUUUAUUUAACAAUUAUACAAUAGGAUUUUGUACUUUGGACAAAUACAUAUUUUUUUUUUUUAAAGCCAUUGAGAUAUCUAAGUGUAAUUUUAAUGUUUUGACUGAAUAUUAGCGAUACACCUGCAUAUUAUCGUUCUAGUUAUUUAUUUAUUAGAAAUUAUUAAUCCACGUGUUCCUAUUAAACCACUCACAUUACAUAUUCAUACACAACGAUGUUAUGAUAAUAAAUACGCCUUGAUCUAAACACCACUAAGCUUGUGUUGCUAAUUUUUAAGUACCUGAUCGAUCGCGACUGUAGUUAAUAGUUGGAAAAAUCUAAUGGUGUAAUAUCGAUCAUAAUAGUUUUUUUGGCAGCGCUGGAAGUGUAAUAACAAACAGUCCGACACACGAAAAUUAAAUAUGUUUUUUUUUUAAGUGAUAUAAUAUUAUAUUAGUUUGAAUUUGUUUCUUUUUAAUUAACUGUCAAACUUUUAAUCAAUAACAUUUAUUUUAUAAACGAAACUAUGGCUGUGACUGUUUGGAUUUUACACGGACUUGAGUGUUUUUUGUGUUCAUAAAAGGACUAAGACUUUAUUUAAAAAAAUUAUUUUUAUGGAAUUUGUGAAGCUAGAUAGAUGUCAGGAUUUGCAAUAUUUCUAAUGAAUUACAAUGUAUCAGAAUGUACGAAAAAUACAUUUUAAAUUCUGAUAUUUAUAAUUUAAUGAUUAAACGUGUUAAAAAGUCAAAAAUGCCAUAAAAAUAAUUAUUAACGUGUUAACAGUUUUAUCUUUUUUACUCAAACAUUUUUUAUUCUUGCAGUAUUUUGUUUAUUGUUGUUUGUGCUUUUUUAUGUUGCUGCGCUUAGUUUAUAGUUGUAUUAUACGAUUUGUAGUAUUUAUUAUUUUUGAUUAUGCUGAUUUACCUAAUAAAACACCUUAUAAAAUUAUUUCAAAUGACUUGCACUAUACACGAGUGUUUUCUUUUUUGCCAUGAUCUAUCCUAU